ACCAUCGAGGAGUGCGGUUAAGUGGUGGCAGCGAUCUCUGUUCUGGGAGAGUUGAAGUACAGCAUGUAGAGACCUGGGGAACGGUCUGUGAUGCUGACUUUGACUGGCAGGAUGCAGAGGUUGUCUGUCGGGAGCUGAAGUGUGGAAUUCCUAAAGAGGUGCUGAGAGAAGCCCCUUUUGGAGAGGGGCAGGGUACGGUCUGGUCCGAGGAGAUGCAGUGCCAGGGAAAGGAGCCCCAGAUCUAUAAGUGUUUGACUUCACCCAGAAAGAAGCAGCGCUGCACACACAGGAACGACGUGGGCCUUGUCUGUUUCGGGUACACUGAGUACAGGCUGGUGGGUGGCCCGGACUCCUGUUCUGGUCGAGUGGAGCUGCAGUACGAUGGUCAGUGGGGGACGGUCUGCGAUCGCUAUUGGGAUCUACAGGACGCCACAGUUCUCUGCAAGCAGUUGAAUUGUGGGUACGCUGUAUCAGUCCCGGGGCAGGCCUGGUUUGGUCAAGGCAGCGGUGAUGUACGGGCUGAUAUAUUCGACUGUGAUGGCAGUGAGACGCACAUAUCAAAUUGCUCCAUCUCUGCAUGGGGACGAGGGGCCUGCACUCAUAGCAAUGAUGCAGGAGUGAAUUGUUCAGGUCCAUUGCUACCAGCACAAGCAGGUCGAGUCAGGCCUCUACCAAGUAAAUGCAACACCAGUAAUGAAGGGACUACGCUCUGCUCAGAUCACACGGGCCUCAGGCUGGUUGGGGGAGGAGGUGCCUGCGCUGGGAGGGUGGAGGUUUAUCACAACGGCUCCUGGGGGACGGUCUGCGAUGACUCCUGGGACCUGGCAGAUGCUGAGGUGGUGUGUAAGCAGCUCCAGUGUGGGACGGCACUCAGCGCCUCAGUGUCAGCGUCCUUCGGCCAGGGGACUGGACCCAUCUGGCUGGACGAGCUGCACUGUCAGGGGAACGAAUCGACUCUGUGGGGGUGUGCCUCAGGAGGGUGGGGGCAACACAACUGCAGACACAAGGAGGACGCGGGAGUCGUGUGUUCAGAGUUCAAGAAGCUGAGACUGUCUCGGGGCUGUUCUGGACUGGUAGAGGUUUUCUACAAUGGCACCUGGGGCAGCGUCUGCUAUAACGGCAUGAAUAAAAACACAGUUAAGAUGAUAUGCCGUGAGGUCGACUGUGGAGAGAGUUCUGAAAUAUCAAUGCCACUUCCAGCAUCCAGCACUGCGCGCAAGUGGCUUGAUAAUGUUAAAUGCAGAGGGCAUGACUCUACACUGUGGAAGUGUUCAUCUUCACCCUGGGGUCAAAACAACUGCUGGGACAAUGAGGUGGCUCAGAUUGACUGCAAAGCAGUGGAAAAGAAGCCAACUGUCUCCAGCAUACCCAAGAACUGCUCUGAAGACCUCACUCAGGAGCACUGCUCAGAGCCAGCAGAGCUGAGGCUAGCUGGAAGCUCAAGUCCCUGCUCCGGACGGGUGGAGGUACGGUUCGAGGGGUCCUGGGGGACAGUCUGCGAUGACUCCUGGGACCUGAAGGACGCCCAGGUGGUCUGCAGACAAGUAGGCUGUGGGGCAGCAGAGAGCGCAGGGAGGGGUGAGGCUACGUUUGGACAAGGGAACGGCACCAUCUGGCUGGACGAGGUGAACUGCAGGGGCAGCGAGAUGCACCUGUGGGACUGCCGGCACUCUCCACUGGGACACAAUGACUGCUACCACAAAGAGGACGCAUGGGUUACCUGUGCAGGUGUUCCAACUACUAUCAGCUCUCCAUUGACAGAAGCCUCUCCAUCCAGGCUGCAGCCACAGAGAGACAUGACCAUCCCAUUGAUAGCCUGCAUCGUGCUGGGAGCGCUGCUCUUUGUGGUGUUGGUCCUGUUAGCCGGGCAGCUGCAGCACAACAGGAUGCUGAGGAGAGGGAUUGCUGAGGAGGAGCUUGACCCCUUCCAUGAAGCCGUUUACGAGGAGAUUGAGUACAAACUGGCCAGACAGGGAACCUAUGAUGCGCCCAGGAGAGGGAGUUUCCUUUCUGAUGAGCUGCCCUCUGACUACGAUGAUGUGGAGGACAGUGAGGGGAACCCCAUCCCAGGUGAAUCGAUGCCCUCUCUGGAAGGAGAGACCCCAGGGUACUAUGACGAUGCCGUCCCUAUGAACAGUAACCCCGAAGAUUUAUCAGGGAGUUUCCAUUUUGACGAACUUCCCUCUGGCUACUAUGAUGUGGAGGACAGUGAGGGGAACCCCAUCCAAGGUUUUCCCCUCACUCCCCCUGGAGAGGAGAGUGCCCAGGCCGCACUGCCCCCUGAAGAAGGACCCGCUGCACCUGACAGGACUGACUACGAUGAUGUUGGGGAGGAGUCUCCAGGAGAGGGCAAAAAUAUAAACGCAUUAGAGCCCUUCCAAGCACCACGUGAUGUGGAUGUGACAGAUGCCUCUGUUAAGCGCCCCUUCGGACCCGCCUCCUCUGCAUUGUUAGGAGAGUUGUACAGGCCUUUCAGCCAAUCAGAGAGCUUGGUUUGCCAAACAGUUAUCAGCAGCUUCAGCACACAGACAACCACAGCUUCACGUCACAUAGCUGCUUGUGAAGAUGAGAGCUGCGGUGAUGAACUGAGGCUGGUGGAUGGAGGCAGUCCCUGUGCUGGGAGAGUGGAGAUUCUUCACGAGGGACGGUGGGGGACAGUUUGUCAUCAUUACUGGGAUGUAGUGGAUGCAGGAGUUGUGUGUAAACAGCUGGGCUGUGGAUCUUCUGUAUCAGCACCAGGCAGUGCUCACUUCGGAGCCGGUUCUGGAACCAUCUGGCUGGCUUAUGUUACCUGCAGCGGCUCUGAAUCUGCCCUAUGGGACUGUGGGUCACAGGGGUGGGGUUACGCCUAUGACUGCAAUCACGCCAGGGACGCUGGAGUGAUCUGUUCAAGUCAAGGAGUGCGGCUCAGUGGUGGCAGCGAUCUCUGCUCUGGGAGAGUUGAAGUACUGCGUGGGAGCGCCUGGAACACGGUCUGUGAUACUGACUUUGACUGGCAGGAUGCAGAAGUUGUCUGUCGGGAGCUGAAGUGUGGAAUUCCUAAAGAGGUGCUGGGAGGAGCCCCUUUUGGAGAGGGGCAGGGUAAGGUCUGGUCCGAGGAGAUGCAGUGCCAGGGAAAGGAGCCCCAGAUCUCUAAAUGUUUGACUUCAGCCAGCAAGAAGCAGAGCUGCACACACAGGAACGACGUGGGCCUUGUCUGUUUCGGGUACACUGAGUACAGGCUGGUGGGUGGCCCGGACUCCUGUUCUGGUCGAGUGGAGCUGCAGUACGAUGGUCAGUGGGGGACGGUCUGCGAUCGCUAUUGGGAUCUACAGGACGCCACAGUUCUCUGCAAGCAGUUGAAUUGUGGGUACGCUGUAUCAGUCCCGGGACAGGCCUGGUUUGGUCAAGGCAGCGGUGAUGUACGGGCUGAUAUAUUCGACUGUGAUGGCAGUGAGACACACAUAUCAAAUUGCUCCAUCUCUGCAUGGGGACGAGGUAACUGCACUCAUAGCAAUGAUGCAGGAGUGAAUUGUUCAGGUGAGUACUUUGAGCUUGCUCCAGGUCCACUGCUACCAGCACAAGCAGGUCGAGUCGGACCUCUACCAGGUAAAUGCAACACCAGUAAUGAAGGGACCACGCUCUGCUCAGAUCACACGGCCCUCAGGCUGGUUGGGGGAGGAGGUGCCUGCGCUGGGAGGGUGGAGGUUUAUCACAACGGCUCCUGGGGGACGGUCUGCGAUGACUCCUGGGACCUGGCAGAUGCUGAGGUGGUGUGUAAGCAGCUCCAGUGUGGGACGGCACUCAACGCCUCAGUGUCAGCCUCCUUCGGCCAGGGGACCGGACCCAUCUGGCUGGAUGAGCUGCGCUGUCAGGGGAACGAAUCGACUCUGUGGGGGUGUGCCUCAGGAGGGUGGGGGCAACACAACUGCAGACACAAGGAGGACGCGGGAGUCGUGUGUUCAGAGUUCAAGAAGCUGAGACUGUCUCGGGGCUGUUCUGGACUGGCAGAGGUUUUCUACAAUGGCACCUGGGGCAGCGUCUGCUAUAACGGCAUGGAUAAAAACACAGUUAAGAUGAUAUGCCGUGAGGUCGACUGUGGAGAGAGUUCUGAAAUAUCAAUGCCACUUCCAGCAUCUAGCACUGCGCGCAAGUGGCUUGAUAAUGUUAAAUGCAGAGGGCAUGACUCUACACUGUGGCAGUGUCCAUCUUUACCCUGGGGUCAAAACGACUGCCUGAAUGAUGAGGUGGCUGAGAUUGACUGCAAAGUGGAAAAGAAGCCAACUGUCUCCAGCAUACCCAAGAACUGCUCUGAAGACCUCACUCAGGAGCACUGCUCAGAGCCAGCAGAGCUGAGGCUAGCUGGAAGCUCAAGUCCCUGCUCCGGACGGGUGGAGGUGCGGUUCGAGGGGUCCUGGGGGACAGUCUGCGAUGACUCCUGGGACCUGAAGGACGCCCAAGUGGUCUGCAGACAAGUAGGCUGUGGGGCAGCAGAGAGCACAGGGGGUGGUGAGGCUAUGUUUGGACAAGGGAAUGGCAUCAUCUGGCUGGACGAGGUCAACUGCAGGGGCAGCGAGAUGCACCUGUGGGACUGCCGGCGCUCUCAACUGGGACACAAUGACUGCUACCACAAAGAGGACGCAUGGGUUACCUGUGCAGGUGAGAGAGGGGGUUAUCUGAGCAGGGGAGAUGGGGAAUUAGCUGUACUGGGGAGAUGCUCUGUUGUGUUUGCGUUCUGA